CCCGCCCCCCUUCGCGACGGCCAGCGAUUGAGGUUGUAGGGAGAACUGGAAGCGCGUGGGUAGGGGGAAGCGGCGUGUUAAAUCCGUCCCCUCCCCAGACCUCUCUUCCGAGGGGGUGGGCGUUAGAGGGGAGGUUGGGGUUGGAGCAGCGGCGAGGGGGCUCCUCCCUUGCACCUCCCCCACAGGACUUGGUCGCGCCCGAAGUGUAACACUUUCUCUUUGUCGGAGGAGCUCCACUGUUUCCUGUGCUGGAGCUCCCGUUGCGGCGGCGCCCGUGGCAGCCCUGGCGGACGCAGGAGCGAUGGCAGCGACCGACAUAGCUCGCCAGGUGGGUGAAGGUUGCCGAACUGUCCCCCUGGCUGGACAUGUGGGGUUUGACAGCUUGCCGGACCAGCUGGUGAAUAAGUCAGUCAGCCAGGGCUUCUGCUUCAACAUCCUGUGUGUGGGAGAGACAGGUUUGGGCAAGUCCACCCUCAUGGACACCCUGUUCAACACCAAGUUCGAGGGGGAGCCUGCCACCCACACACAGCCAGGUGUCCAGCUUCGGUCCAAUACCUAUGACCUCCAAGAGAGCAACGUGGGGCUAAAGCUCACAAUCGUUAGCACAGUGGGCUUUGGGGACCAGAUCAACAAGGAGGACAGCUACAAGCCCAUCGUGGAAUUCAUCGAUGCCCAAUUCGAAGCCUACCUGCAGGAGGAGCUGAAGAUCCGCAGGGUCCUGCACACCUACCACGACUCCCGCAUCCACGCCUGCUUGUACUUCAUUGCCCCCACGGGCCAUUCCCUGAAGUCUCUGGACCUAGUGACAAUGAAGAAGCUGGAUAGCAAGGUGAACAUCAUCCCCAUCAUUGCCAAAUCCGAUGCCAUUUCUAAGAGUGAGCUAACCAAGUUCAAAAUCAAAAUCACCAGUGAGCUUGUCAGCAACGGGGUCCAGAUCUACCAGUUUCCUACAGAUGACGAGUCAGUGGCAGAGAUCAACGGAACCAUGAAUGCCCACCUGCCUUUUGCUGUCAUCGGCAGCACAGAAGAACUGAAGAUAGGGAACAAGAUGAUGAAGGCCCGACAGUACCCUUGGGGCACGGUGCAGGUUGAAAAUGAGGCCCACUGUGACUUCGUGAAGCUGCGGGAGAUGCUGAUUCGGGUGAACAUGGAGGACCUCCGGGAACAGACCCACAGCCGGCACUACGAGCUGUACCGCCGCUGUAAGCUGGAGGAGAUGGGCUUCAAGGACACUGACCCCGACAGCAAACCCUUCAGUUUACAGGAGACAUAUGAGGCCAAAAGGAAUGAAUUCCUAGGAGAGCUCCAGAAAAAAGAAGAGGAGAUGAGACAGAUGUUCGUCCAGAGAGUCAAAGAGAAAGAAGCUGAACUGAAAGAGGCAGAAAAAGAGCUGCACGAGAAGUUUGACCGUCUGAAGAAACUGCACCAGGACGAGAAGAAGAAGCUGGAGGACAAGAAGAAAUCCCUGGAUGACGAAGUGAACGCUUUCAAACAGAGAAAGACGGCGGCCGAGCUGCUCCAGUCCCAGGGCUCCCAGGCUGGAGGCUCUCAGACUCUGAAAAGGGACAAAGAGAAGAAAAACUUUUUUUAAUCUUGUCUUCAGCAGCUGCACUAUAUCUAAAGGAGAAGACUGCCAUUAGAGAAGAGUUAGGGUUCCACAUUGUCUCAAACCAGAAACCAACCAAUCCCCUCGCCCCCAAAGUGUGCGUGCGCACACACACACACACACACACACACACACACACCACACUCAGCAAGUGUUCAUGUGUCCCUGUGUCCAGGCAAGAAGCUCUCUCCUGACUUACAUGGUAUUUUAAAUGGAAGUGUCUUGUCCUAACCUAACAAGGCAGGAAAAGAACCGUCAGAGCUGGAGAGUGGACCAAGUGUAACCUCAGAGGGACAACUGCAGGACGACUCACCCAAGUGUAAGUGACUGGGGCAGAAGACCUCAGCCGUGGGUGUGGAAGUGCUGUUCACAAGUUUUCGUUUGGGUUUCUCAUUUUUCCUUUUAAACAUGAAACCUCCGGUUCGGUGGGCUGAUGGUCUUCGGCCACUAUUAAACAUUUCUGAGCAUGGAAGAGAAAGUCAAGCGACAUUUGUAUCUCCAGCACUCUCAGACCUGCAGACCCCCACCAAGGGGGAAAUGGAUCCGCUAACACUAGUGGAGAAAGUAAAGGUGGGAGGGGUUUUAAGCUUAGUGAGAGCAAAAUUAAUCCAUUCAACCUUCCAGGGCUAGUUGGGGUUUUGAGAGAGGUUUCUGCUCAACCUGGGAUCUGGCUGGAGAGCUUUGAUGUUGACAAAUCUGCCUUGAAUUCGUUGGUUUAACUUGCAUCAAAAUACCAUGUGAGUGUGCUCCUUCCCACAUAUCCCCAUAACCAUCGCCAUCCCGCUGUCCAGUGUCUCUUGAGAGAGAGCCUCUUUGCAUGUUUUCUGGAAUCUGUGUGUGUGUUUUCCUUUCUCCUUUGUUCUUUUUGCUCAAAGGUGUGACCAGUCACUGCCCCUCUGGGGCUUUCAUUCGCCAGGAGAAACAUCCCAAAACCAGCACUGUUUAGCUUGAUACCUUUCUAAUGUCCAUGUCAAUUUUCAAUAAAACUCAAAGAAAUGCUCA